UCCGGGCAUCUGUGCCAUAAUCCAGCAAAAAAUCUAUUUAUAUCCGCUGUUAGAUCUGUCGGCGUCUGGGGUUAGGCUUUUUUUUUCAAGGCACCACUGUACGUUGAUUACGAUUACAAAAGAAACUUUUCGCCAUGCUGUCGCGGUCAGGAAGAGCCGAAACUCGCAGCCGGGCCAAAGAGGACAUCAAAAGAGUGAUAAAUGCGAUCGAUCGAGUACGGAAAUGGGAAAAGAAAUGGGUUACUAUAGGAGACACAUCUGUGACUGUUUUGAAGUGGGUUCCCAUCACAGCACAAGAGAACCCAGGAGCACUGAGGAAAAUUCCUGGUGUAAAGACAAAAACAUAUUCAAAAGCAAGGGUUGAAAGAGAGCGAGAAAUUUAUACAGGUUCAGAUCUAGGUAGAAACAAGUGCUUAAAAAAUCUGGAAACUUCAGGCUUGGCUGAGGCAGAUGCUCACCUGCGCUCCAUGUCCCCAUCCAACAGUAACACCAACAUUUCCACUGCUAGCAGCCCUUCAUCCAAGAACCACCACCACAACAAUCAUCAUGUAUCAGGCCAUAAAAGAAAUCACAAAGGGGUUGUCACCAACAGUCAAGGCAACGUUGUCUACACAGAGGAGUCAACACAACAGUCUAUAGGCUCAUUUGGCUCUGAGAAUUUGAAUGAUGAUUCUAACAUGUCCUUCCCAGAAAAUAGUGAACACAGUGAGCAUAAUGACAAUACUGAGUAUUCUCAUGACAGCAAUGAUGCUGAUCCACAGAUGAGAGUUGCUCUUAGUAUGGUUCGAGAAGAGGAGGAAGCUGCUCGAGCUAAAAAAUGUGCUAAAGCUGAAGACAAUAGUGAUUCCACAAGCCCACCGGAACUAGAGAGGGAAUCUUCAUCAGAUGAGCCUCUCUCCAAAAAGCCCAAAUCUUCAUAAUUUUAUUUAAUAGUUUCAUUCCUGUUUAAACUCUAUCAAGACAUUUCACAAGUUGAUUUUUUAAUUGUAUUAGUUAUCAAAUUGUUUUCCUGCUAUUUUGUUGGUUUGAUUUUUAUAACAAUUUAAAUUACUUAAAUUAUAGUGGUGAUAUUAAAUGUUAUCAAUAUUUAAUUAUUUGGAUGAUAAUACUCAACAUAGUUCAUAAUAAUUACAAAUAAUUGCAAAUGCUAGUUCUGCUAUGUUAAAAAGCUUAAUUAAACGAGAUCUUUAGUUAAUUAAAGUUCGCUUACAUAUUUUUAUCACUUUUGGAAAGUACUAUUACUUUCAUACUAUAUUAUCAAUAAACUGCUUUUGUGAGCAAAUUAUUUUAAUGAUAGAUAUGUAUCUCUUAAAAUGUUUUUUUUUACCAUGGCUAAGAUGAGCCAUCACUGUGCAUAUUAUAUAUGCCUGGUUGUGUUAAUUUGUGCAUACUGUACAGAGGAGAGAAAAAUAGUUUAAAACAUUUUUUUAUUUGUUAUGGAAAUUUAUACAUUGUGUUUUCAGUAUGUUAGGUUUUUAGUUAGUGUCACAAAAAUUGUUUUCAAGCAAUAUGCUAGUUGCGUUAAAAGUUUUACAAUACAAAUGUGCAUCAACUGUUUUCUGACAUCUCUUAAAAUACAUGUUUGUAGCUUCCUGUACUGAUGUAUAUUUUAUUAUUUCCUUGAAAAAUUCACAUUUUACCCUGUGUGAAAUCCUCAAUGAAGAAGCUUUUUGAAAAACUGGUGUUGUACAUUGUGUAUCUUGCGUUAUCCAGUGUACAGUCAUAUGCCUCUGAUUUGAUUUUAAAUAUUUUUGUGGCUUAAGGUAGUAUUCCAUUACAAAAAUAACAUUUUGGUCUUUUUAUGAGAUUGAUUUCUGUUCAUUUUUCUUUAUAGUAAUACUAAAAGAAAAACAGGUCUCCUGUUUUGUUACAGUCAAAUAGGGUUGAUCUGUAAAGGGUUCAGUAUCCAGUGUAACCUAAUGUCCAAUACCAAACUUAUUGACCCCUUACUGUUUGUGUUGUGCUUACUGAAUAGGGCAGCUGCACUUUCCUUUGUAAUGGAUUACAGUGCAGCGCUAUUGGGAGCCUCAUGAAGUCAGUCAAUGCAUCACUAUUCUUAAGGCAAAUUUUUACCCCAUUAGCAGUGCAGCAGUAUUUUUUAUAAAAAGAUGACAAGCUUGUCUCUAUCUUGGACCAAAUGGCGUGUGGUUUGUUGCAUUUAUUUUUUUUUUUUUUUUUAAAUGUAUGAAAAUAAGAGAGCAAGCUAGACACAUUGUCAUCCUUAUGUGCCUAUGUUAGCUGUGAUGUAGUGCAGAUCAGUUUAUGAUGUGUACAAGUAGGUGGGAACAUUACAUCCAUUUGAAUGUUAUUGCUUGAUGAAUAAAAGAUUUGUUAAGUAA